UUCAAUUCCAUUCACCACCACCACCACCACCACCACCACCAUCCAUCAUCAUCAUCGUCAUCGCCAUCAUCAUCAAUCCCUCUCCUCUCCCUCCGCGUCACUCCCCUGUUCUGCGAAGGAAAACAGAGCGAGAGGAACUCAGCACCGCCCGAUCGGAAACGCCUCCCGCUCACCCUUCUCUCUCUCUAAGGCAUUCUGGACGGACGGAAAGGAGUACUUCUAGCUUCCCUUAGAAAUGGAUGAAGAGACAACAGCCAGUCCAGUUGUUCCCGUCACUAAAGCCAUCGAUGAAAGCGAGAUCAAUGCUGAUCUUGUUAAGGCUCUAAAUGGAGAUGUGCCUCCUGCUGCCAAGGAAGGAAAAAAAGAGGAGGAGGAAACUGCCUUGGAUGGUGAAUUCAUUAAAGUAGAGAAAGAGUCGUUCGAAGGGAAGGACGGUCACCACAUGGUGGAAUCAGCUUCAUCACAGCACAAUACAUCUUCUCUUGAGAGAAGUUCAAGUAAUUCUGUUCGUGAAUUGCUAGAAACCCAAGAGAAGAUGAAAGAGCUAGAGAUUGAAUUGGAAAGAGUGGUUGGGGCACUAAAGCAUACCGAAUCUGAGAAUAUUCAGUUGAAGGAUGAGGUCUCAGAAACAAAGGAGAAGUUGGAGAUAAGUGGAAAGAAGUAUGAAGAGCUUGAACACAAUCACAGGAAAUUGCAACAGCAUAUUAUUGAAGCUGAAGAGAAAUAUGGUCUUGAGCUUAGCACUUUGCAGCAGGCUUUACAAGCCCAGGAAGCGAAAUACAAGGAGCUGAUCAAUGUGAAAGAGGACUUUGAUGGUCUUCAACUAGAGCAUGGGCACUCAAGGAAGAGGUUGCUAGAGUUGGAGCAUGAGCUCCAGUGCUCAGCAGGUGAAGCACGCAAGUUUGAGGAGCUGCACAAAGAAAGUGGCUCACAUGCUGAGUCUCAGACGAAGAGGGCCUUGGAGUUCGAACAACUUCUGGAAGUGGCAAAGCUGAGUGCAAAAGAAAAGGAGGAUCAGAUGACUUCCCUGCAGGAAGAAAUGAAAGGCCUCUAUGACAAGAUUGCCGAAAAUCAGAAAGUGGAAGAAGCGCUUGAGAAAACGACGGCAGAACUUUCUGCUGUCCAGCAAGAGCUGACGCUUUCAAAAUCACAAACGCUGGAACUUGAGCAGAGACUUUCUUCGAAGGAAGGUGCCAUAACCGAAUUGAUGCAGGAGUUGGAACUGAUAAAGGCUUCUGAAUCUCAGGUGAAGGGAGAUCUUACAACCCUUGAGGAUACUUUUGAAUCUGUGAAGGAUGAUCUUCAAGCGAAGGUUAAAGAACUGGAGCAGAUUAAAUUAAAGCUGGAGGAGGAAAUGAGUAUGAGGGGAACAUUUGAAGGUCAGUUCAAAGCCCAGGAGGUACAGUUUUUGGAUGUACAAGAAAAGUUGGCGAAAGUAGCCACCGAGAAAGAAGCUAUUGAGGCAACUGUGGGCGAUCUCAAUGCUAAUGUGGCGCUCAUGAAGGAUCUAUGUGCAGAACUUGAAAGCAAAUUGAAGCUAUCAGAAGACAACAACUCCAAAGCAGAUUCUCUUCUGUCUCAGGCAUUGUCAGAUAAUGGAGAACUUGAGCAGAAGUUGAAAUCCUUGGAAGAGCUCCAUAAUGCUUCUGGAGAAGCAGCAGCAGCAGCUACACAGAGGAAUGUUGAGCUUGAGAGUAUUGUUCAAGCUUCGACUGCAGCAGCAGAAGAAGCAAAGGCCCAAAUGAAAGAGCUAGAGGCACGUUUCAUAGCAGCAGAACAGAAGAGCAAGGAGCUGGAGGAACAAUUGAAUUUAGCAGUACAGAAAAGCAGUGAUGCAGAGAGAGAACUUGAAGACUUUGCUGCUAAGGUGUCAGAACUCACUACCACACUGAGAGAAUUGGAGGGGGGAAAGGAACAACAAAGUACUUUAAUACAGGAAUACCAGGAUAAAAUUAACCAGUUGGAAGCUUCCCUGAGCCAUUCAUCUACGAGACAUUCUGAACUUGAAGAGGAAUUGAAGAGCACUGUGGGAAAAUGUGCUGAACACGAGGACCGUGCCAAAAUGACCCAUCAGCGUAGCCUUGAGUUGGAAGAUCUGAUUCAGAUCUCUCACUCCAAAGCAGAGGAUUCGGGCAAAAGGGUGAGUGAAUUGGAAUUGUUACUUGAGACAGAGAAAUACAGAAUUCAGGAGCUUGAAGACCAAAUAAAUUCUUUGGAAAAGAAAUGUGCCGAGGCAGAGGCAGAUUCCAAGAAAUUCUCUGACGGGGCAUCUGAACUAGCAUCAGAAGUUGAGGCAUUCCAAGCAAGGUCUUCAAGCUUGGAAAUUGCACUGCAAACAGCUCAGGAGAAAGAAAAAGAGCUGACAGAGUGUUUGAAUGUGGCUACGGAGGAGAAGAAAAGGUUAGAAGAUGCAUCCAGCAGUUCCGCUACGAAGCUUGCUGAAACAGAAAGUCUAUUAGAACUUUUGAGGGAUGAAUUGGGUUUGACACAGCAGAAGCUAGAGAGCAUUGAGAGCGAUCUGAAGGCUUCUGGAAUUAGAGAGAGCGAAGUCCUGGAAAAGCUUAGGCUUGCGGAGGAGCAAAUGGAGCAACAAGUGAAAUUGUUGGAACAAACUACAUCGAAAAGGUCAGAGCUUGAAUCCUUGCAUCAAUCUGUAACUCGGGAUUUCGAGCUGAAACUUGAAGAAGCAAUGACAAGCUUCUCCAGUAGAGAUUCUGAGGCAAAAUCUCUAUUUGAGAAACUGAAAAUUCUUGAAGACCAAGCAAAAGGUUAUGAAGGUCAAGUUGCUGAAGCAUCGGGAAAAUCUGCCUCUUUGAAGGAAGAAUUGGAUCAGAGUGUGAUGAAAGUGGCUCUUUUGGAGGGUACGGUGGAGGAACUCAGAAAGCAGAUUGUGGAAGCGGAAACUUUGAAGGAAGAAUUGGAUCAGAGUGUGAUGAAAGUGGCUCUUUUGGAGGGUACAGUUGAGGAACUCAGAAAGCAGAUUGUGGAAGUGGAAAAUAAGGCUUCACAAUCCCUUUCAGACAAUGAGCUGUUGGUUGAGACUAAUGUCCAACUAAAGAACAGGGUUAAUGAACUCCAGGAAUCACUGAACACGGCAAUUUCUGAGAGGGAAGCCACUGCUCAGCAGCUUGUUUCGCAUGUCAGCGAUGUUAACAACCUGAAAGAUCAGCACUCUAGAGCUAUAGAACUUCAUACAGCUAGCGAAGCUCGCAUACUGGAGGCAGAGAAGCAGUUGCAAGAAGCUGAACUCAGGUUCAGUCAGAAAGAUACAGAAGCAAAAGAGUUAAAUGAGAAGCUCAUUGUUCUGGAAGGCCAAAUAGAAGCAUUUAAAGAAGAAGCUCAUGAAGUAUCAACGACUACUGAAAAACAAAAGGUUGAGCUGGAAGAGACCCUAUUGAAGUUGAAGCAUUUGGAAGAUGUUGUCGAGGAACUACAGGCCAAGUCAAGUCAGGCACAAAAGGAGAAUGAAGGGUUAGCUGAGGCCAACCUAAAACUUGCUGAGGAAUUGGCUGCUUAUGAAGGCAAACUCAAUGAUUUACAGGUGAAAUUCUCAGCAGCAGUAGCUGAGAAGGAUGAAGUUACUGAGCAGCUUCGAUCACUGGAACUGCAGCUUACUACAGAGGGGCAAACACUGAAAUCUCAGAUUAAUUCACUCAUGGAAGAGAAGAACUUGCUUGGUGAAACAUACGGUAAUUCAAAGAAAGAGCUUGAAUCUUUGAUGUUCCAGCUGGAAGAACGAGCAAAGGAGAAGCAAACAAGUGAAGAUACUUUGCAAUGUGAAAUUGAAAAUCUUAAGGCUGAGAUCCUGGAGAAGUCUGCGCUGCAAACUCGUCUCAAGGAACUUGAAGAGGUGAUCGCUAAGAAGUCCAUUACCGAAGAGCAGAGGGCACGAGCAGAAGCAGAAACACUUGUGGAACGAGAAGCAUCUUUAAAGGAGUCCCUUGAAAAACUUGAAGAGAAAAGCAAAGCGGUCGUAACUCUGGAGCAGCAAGUCACCGAGCUUGAGCACAAAUUACAACAAGCGGAAGCUAAACUACUAAAAAAGGACACUGCUGCUAGUGAAGUCCAACCACAGAAAGCAACUGAGAUAAAGUCCAGGGACAUUGGAUCGCCUGUCUCAACCCCAUCCAAAAGGAAGAGCAAGAAAAAGGUCGAACCGUCGCCUCCUCUGGCCUCGACAUCUUCACCGACACAAGCUCAGGCCCACGACACGUCUCCCUUCAUGACCUUCAAGCUCAUCCUCGGAGUUGCCCUCUUCUCCGUCGUCCUCGGGAUCAUCCUGGGAAAACGGUAUUAGCUCGGACUCGUCCCCGCCAAGCAGGAAAAGUUUGCUGUCUCGGUUUGAAGUUUUGAUAUUUGGUUUUCCAUUUUACUUGCGAAUUUAUUCAUCUAUUAUUUCGUUUUAGCCUGUUUCGGUUUGCAACGGGCUGGUCGGAGAGCCAGUUUUCUGCAUGGUUUGUAGUGUAGGGUCGAAGCUGGUCGGGGAAUCUAUUUUUCAUUCAUUUCCCUUGCCCUUAUGCACAGAGAAAGGGGUCCUCAUGGAUUCGAUUGAUGCAUUGUCGUUGGUUGUAUGUAGCUCUUCCUGAUUUCUCCUGAAUGUGAUUAAAGUCUUUUUUGAGUAUA